AUGCCCGGCCAUGCGGUUAUAGACUGGCAACACCGCGAAGGUGCUACUAGGCUGUACAACGACUACUUCAUCGACAACCCUGUGUACGGUGAUGUCCUGUUUCGUCGAAGGUUUCGUAUGUCGCGGUGGUUGUUCUUGCGUAUUGCGGCCGCUGUGGAGGACCAUGACACCUGGUUCAGGCAGGGAAGGGAUGCAACGGGGAAGCUCGGCCUUAGCCCAUUGCAAAAAAUGACAGCGGCCAUACGGCAACUAGCAUACGGUGUCAGUUCCGAUGCAGUUGACGAGUACGUGCGGAUAGGGGCGAGCACAACGAUGCUGGCAUUGCGAAAAUAUGUGCAAGCUAUUGUGGAGGUGUUCGGAGAAGAAUAUCUUCGUGCUCCCAAUGAAACUGACACUGCGCGCCUCCUGGCAGAAGGCGAGCGCCGUGGGUUCCCCGGGAUUCUCGGGAGCAUUGACUGCAUGCAUUGGGUAUGGAAGAACUGUCCAAAAGUAUGGCAUGGCGCGUACACAGGCCAUACUCGCAAGCCUUCUAUAGUUUUGGAGGCGGUUGCGUCGUAUGACUUAUGGAUUUGGCAUGCUUUUUUUGGGAUGCCUGGGAGUCUUAACGAUAUAAACGUUUUGCACCGCUCUAACUUAUUUACCAGGCUUACCGAUGGGAGUGCCCCGCCUGUGUCGUACAACAUAAAUGGUAACAGGUACGACAUGGGAUACUACCUCGGUGAUGGCAUAUACCCCGAAUGGGCGACUAUAGUGAAGGCAAUUCCUGCACCAAGAGGCAACAAGAGCAUCCAUUUCUCCGCGAUGCAAGCAGCUGUCCGCAAGGAUGUGGAACGUGCAUUUGGUGUCUUGCAAGCUAGGUUUGCUAUUGUUCGCGGACCAGCUAGAGUAUGGGAUCAGUCCACAUUGCACAAUAUCAUGACCGCCUGUGUUAUUAUGCACACCAUGAUAAUUGAGGACGAGCGCGGUAGCGCAUCCCCGGUGCAGGUGUUCGACUUCAUGGGGGAACCAACUCAAGUCCAUCGAAGUGCUGAUGAAAGUGUCCUGCAAUAUGUCGAAACAACUCAAGCUAUCCGCAACCGUGCAAUGCACCUCCAAUUGCGUGAUGAGCUUGUUGAGCACCUUUGGAGUAUUCAUGGAGCACACUAG